AUGGAGGUUGGGGGAGGGGCGGGCGUUGCGCCUCGCGAGCCACGGCUUCCGGCGAUCAACUUGCACUGGGCAAAAGGCGGCGGCGAUGCGCUCGGCGCAGCAUCAGAUCUUGUGGGCAUCGCUGGCAAAUCACAAGCUAUAGAUGUAAACGUUCAGGAUAGGGCAUACGAAGGGGGGGAAGGGGACGAUCAGCAGAUGUCGAGGCAGCGGUGGCAACUUUUGCAGCGAACUGUUUACGAUUCCGCACCAUGGAAACAGGUGAUGCUCACAACAACGGCUGCUUCGGAGCGCGCCCGACGCGAGGUUGAUCGAGAAAUGUGCGCCAUACAUGAUUCCAAGUACAUGGGCAGUUGCAUCAUCUUCGUAGCGGGCUCGCAACCAUCACAGCUGCAUUGCCGCGCACUUGUAAAAGUUUUUCCGGGGAGAAAACAGGGAGACACCGAGUCUUUGGCAUCUGCAAUCUACCAGUCGUACAUGACUGUGCAUUUCGUCUCUUGCAUGUACUGGGCGGCCGAUGGAGUGAAGCUUGAGACGGUGUUGUCAUUCACGACAACGAGGGCAGAUGACCCCCAGGGAGCCAAUGCAUACCCCCCCAAAAAGGACCAGAGCCACGAGUUAUUUGCGACAAAAAUCGUCAUGGUAGGAUCAAGGUACAAGAAACGACGCGUCGGGCAGAAUCCGGCCUUAGUUUCGCUUCGUCUCUAA